ACUGGGAAAAGCUUUGGAACCAAAGACUUCCGAGCAGCUCUAGAAAAUGGAGUUCUGCUGUGCGAUUUGAUUAACAAGAUCAAACCUGGCAUCAUUAAGAAGAUCAAUCGUCUGUCAACUCCAAUAGCUGGCUUGGAUAAUAUAAAUGUUUUUCUGAAAGCGUGUGAAAAUAUUGGACUGAAAGAAGCUCAGCUUUUUCACCCAGGAGAUCUUCAGGAUUUGUCCAAUCGAGUUACAGUCAAACCGGAGGAAACCAACAGAAGAGUGAAAAAUGUUUUGAUUACAUUAUAUUGGCUUGGAAGAAAAGCUCAAAGUAACCCUCAUUAUAAUGGUCCAUACCUCAGUCUUAAAGCAUUUGAGAAGUUAUUAGGGCAAGCAUUGACUAAGGCGCUUGAAGAGUCCAGCCACCUGAACAGAAGUGGCAGAGAUAGUGGGUACGGUGAUAUUUGGUACGUUGACCGAGGAGAGCCCUUUUCAUCUUCAGCUAGCCAUAAAAGAGAGGAUUCCUUUGAUAGCUUGGACUCUCUUGGUUCAAGAUCCUCCACAAGCUUUUCUUCAGAUAUAACCUUGAAAGGUGGCAGUGAAGGUUGUGACAGUGACACAGACUCAGAACUGCCUUUCAAAAUGCAUGACUCCCAUAAGGACGACAGGUCUUACCGUAGGAUUUCUGUGAUUGAACCGAAACCUACCACUGACUUCAAUCGCUUCUUACCCAACAAGAACAAGCAGACGGCGUAUGUGCCGGCGCCCUUAAGGAAGAAGAGGACAGAGAAGAACGAGGACAACAGGAGGAGCUGGGCAAGUCCCAUCACAGAGUCCGAUGGAACAUUUUCAAGUGGACGUGAAAGGAAUCCAGUAGCUUCCUGCCAAAAUAGCAGAGCAGAGUGUGGGCUCACAAAUCCAGCUUCCCUCCAGAUGAUCUAUGAGUAUGACAGUGGCUCUGAUUCAGAAGAUGAAAGAAGGCUGCCCGACGUGGUUAUGGAUGACUUAGCAAAACGUAGAUUUCUAGUCAAAAAGAGCCCUGUAAGCUCUGCUGCACCUGGACAUCAUUUCAUGUUGCACAAUGACUCUCCUAAAUCUUGCUCACAAGACAGUUAUCCAGCUGGUCCUCUAGCUGCAAUGCUUGAACCACUGAGUAACCAGAGGAGGCAGAGGCAGUUGGAUACUAAAGAUGAAAAAAACCCAAGAGUUAAAAUUCCUUCAGAAUUAUCUGGGUAUUUUGAUGAGGACGAGGAAGAAGAAGUAGGCAUCCCAAACAUUGAAAAAGAUGAUCUCUAUUUACGCAAGCUAAGUUCUUCAGCGGCCAGUACAGUUGUUGCUUUUGACAAAUUUCUCCCUAAGUUUUGGACUCCAGAAGAAGAAUUGCUAUGGAAAAAAAUCAGAAAAUCCUCUUUCAAACCCUGGUAUAAAGAGAUUCAAGGGUUCAGUAGAAAGAAAUCAGAUUCUGAGGAUGAGGAAUUUGCUUACAAACAAAGCUCUGCCAUUGUUGCUAAUCAGCCAAGACUGGGUUUUGACUGGAACAGCAGUUGCAGAAGGGACCAGAACUAUAAGCCAACUUCUGAAUAUAUGGGAAGCUCAUUGUCACAGAUUGCAGAAGGAAAAAUCUUGGAAGCUUCUGAUCAGCCCAGUCAGUUUUCGUUACUUCAGGCCCUGCAAAAAUACUCUGACUACUUGUCUUCUGAAACGAAGACUAAAAUUGAUCCUACUUCCGGCCCUAGGCUCAUAAAAUGUAGAAAGAAUAUUUCCUUUGUACCAGGAUGCAAGCAAGGAGAUGCGGAAAAUGGAUAUCUGUAUCCGGAUUUAGAGAACGAUGACUUAUUUGUUCGGAAAACUGGGGCUUUCCAUGUGAAUCCAGUUGUUUUCCAAGACCCCCGCUAUUUAAGAAAGUUCUCUGAGCAGGAGCCUUCCCUAGAGGGUGAGAUAAUUCUGCAACCCAGAGAGGGCCAACCUGUGAUUCCAGAUUUGGAAAAGGAUGACAUGAUUUUACGUAAAAUCCUCUCUCAGAAGAAAGAGGUGCCUUUAUCGGGUGCUCCAGAUAAAUAUCACGCGGCACUCUUUCCUGAUCCAUGGAGUCUUCCAGAGGAGAUACGGUCCAAAUUUCUAUGUUUACUUGAAAAAAAUGCAACACCGGAGGAAAGAAAGAGCAACGGCAGAGUCCUGUCGCCCUCUUCCCACCAUAAGAAGGACGAUAUGUUGACCCGCAAGAUUGAAUCUUGGAAGGUGGGAAGCAACGUCCAGCCAGUAAAUUUCAUCCCGGGUCCAUGCAGUGAAGAAGACUGGAAGAAGUGGGAAGCAAUCAGGGAAGCCAGCAAAGUUAGACACAAGAAACGGCAAAUGGUGGAGAGACUGUUUCAAAAGCUUUCUGAUGAGCAAGGGAGUAAAUCACUGAACGAUGUCAGCGCAGAGGAGCUGCAGUCAUUGCGCAAAAUCCGUUAUGAAGAGCUACAAAGGAUAAAAGAGCAGUUACAAGAACAAGAUCUAAAGUGGCAAGAAGAUCUAGCAAAAUGGAAGAAUCGUAGAAAGAGCUUCACUUCCGAAUUACAAAAGAAAAAGGAGGAGAGGGAAGAAAUAGAAAGGAGAGCCUCUGAAGUGUCUGAAAGGAGAACCAAGUCACUGAAAGAAAUGCAAGAGGAGAGGGAGGACAGAGAUGAAGACUCCUACCGGCAGAGAAAACAUGAACACAUGUGGAGGUAUUCACUGAAUGAUGAUGUGUUUAGUGAAGAAAAAGCACCUACCACACGGUCAUCAGCAAAGGAUUACCUUUUGGAAGAAGAUACCUCCUACACCACUAAGGACAGCAGAAGCGCAAAUGCCUCGCAACCGCACCAGGAGAACCUGCCUGAGAGCUCGACUCGUGAAGUUCCUGUUCCGCCAAAGAGCUUGGCAGAGGAGCAGAGCUCAGCUCUUUUGUCUACCCGCUACCCGGCAAACGCUCAAACUGGGUCAGCUCAGGUUUCAGCUUCUCUCCCGAGAAGUUACCAGAAAACCGAUACCUCUAGGUUAACAUCUGUGGUUACACCAAGACCUUUUGGUGUCCACUCAAGAGGAAUCUCGUCACUUCCACGGUCGUUCACGAUGGAUGAUACCCAGAAAUAUAACGGCGAAGUAGAAAAAGCUAAAAGAACUCAAACUUUGUUCACUAGCAGUUCGUUUUCACAACCAGACUCUGCACACCCCUUCUCUACUAGUACAUUCAGAAACAAAGGUGAGGAGGAGGAAAAAGAAGGUGUUCAGUCAACACCUCCUCAUGGUUUUGCAUUACCUGUAAAAUCCCAAGACCAAGAUGCUGGAAGCAGUGUUCUUAAACCAGAAUAUUGCUCUCCUCCUGAUUCUCUUUCACUUGCAUCUUCUGCAGAAAAUGUGAGUCUGCCAGAGCCUGAGGAUUCAAAAUCCUUG